UGUAGAGGGCACAGUGGAGCCAUGCACCGCUGCUCAAAAGUGCCAUGAAGGUCAGGGAGGUUAGCAGGAGCCUGGAUAGCCUUUGGAGCGUUUCCAUGUCCCGCUUUUGCCCUACCUGCCGGGUUCCGAUCAGCCUAACGACAGCUGAGGAGAGGGAAAGUCUGCCGAGGGGAACUCAACCCUAAGUGGAUCAGGUUUCCUCGCUUUCUUUCUCUGGACGGGGCGGAUGGAGAGUGGAGAGGCCUCAGGCGAAAGAAUGUCCCACUCUGGGACACUGACAUGGGACAGUGAGACGCUCCCAGCAAUCCACGGGGUCCAAGAUGCUUUAGAAGAGCAAGACAGCAGUGUGAAGUCAGAUGCAGCUUCUGCAGUCGGAGACCCUGAGCCUGGAGAAAACGUGGUGGAUCUGCCGAUGGAGCAGGAUCAUAUACAGAAGCUGGAAGCUUCCCUGGAUCCCAGCCAUGGCCUGCACGGUGUCCUGAGAUACAGGAGGGAAUCACAGGAGAGAAGAAUAAGUCAGGAGCCUCAGCCAUCCAGUGACCAGUCAGCAUGGUGUGAAUUUUGCGGUGCGACGGCCAAACCUCCUCUGGAUUCAAUCCAUGGAGAGGAGCCAAAGGAGUUCUGCUGUCAGCGGUAUAGGGAGGUGUUUGAGGAGGUGGCCCAGGAGAGGAGGUUUGUUCUGAAGCUGUGUGAAGAGAGGCCUAGAGGGACCAUAAGAGCGGGAGACUUCCACAGCAGUAUGGAGGACGGGCUGGAGCUGGAAGCCGGAGAGUGGGACAGCGAGGAACGCAGACUGCAACAGAGAGAGAUGGAGAGGUUCUACAGAGAGGCUCAAGCAAGACUGUCUUCAGAGAACAGUUCGUUUCACACCCAGACCAUCAAUUUCCAGCUUUCCAGCUGUGUGCCUGUGGAAGAAAGCUUGGUUGUAAAGAAAGACUCCAGGAAGGAGGAGAUGCCAGAACCGUGGGAGUGGAAUGACCCUUCUGUGUCUGGACCGGCGGGGUUUGGUCUAAACAAUCAGCAGGACAGCGCAGGUUUCAUACAGAAGUUUUACCCAAACGGGAAUAAAUUCCUCACCGGGUUUCCAGACGGCUCUGCACAAGUCUUCUACCCGUCAGGAAAUCUGGCCAUCAUCCUUCUCACAAACGAGGAGAGGGUGUGUGUCAUCCAGGAUGACAUCACACCAAACAGCCCAAUGAAAGCCUUGUUCCAGUCCAGCGGCAGAGCCACCUGUUACCACGGCAACGGCGGGGUCUGGCUGAAUAUGGACAUGUGUGGAGGGCAGAGUCUCGAUGAAGGAGGAGCCAGGACCAGAAAGUGGAGCUGGAGUGACCACGCCCAAACUCCCACUCCCUUCAGACCCAUCUUCCUGUCACUCAAUAAAAACGUGGGGGUCAGAGUUCUGGGACGACAGCAUGUCUUCGUAUCAUUCCUGGCCCUGGGACAGCAGGCGAGGUUCAGCGUCGGCAGCUGCGUUAAGCCAAAGGACUACGACUCUCUUCCUCCUGGACCAUCCCUGUGUGAAGAGGAGCUCAUCCUGCUGGCCUGCCAGUUUUACCUCCGGCUCACUCUCACUCGUCUGCGCUGGUGCCACCGUUUCCCCUCCAGCCCCAGGCACCAGAACAUCAAGCCAUCUCCCGUCCUGCUCUCUCUGGCCAAGAAGCUUUUGAGCGUGAGCCACAAUAUGCACAUGAAGGACACGGACAGGACCUUCAUUCAGCACUGCCUGCAGGACUGCCAGUGACCCCAGGCCUCAGGAACGCUUAAAAGUCUAAAAUGCUUGUAGGAGGAGCUACUAAGCAAUAUGAAGAGGAGAAAAUGAAGAUUAAAGGUGCAGUGUGUACGAUUUAGGGGGCUCUAUUAGCAGGAAUGGAAUACAUUAUGCAAAACCCUGUUUUCAUCACUGUAUAAUCAUCUGUAACUAUGACUCGUUGUGUUUCCGUUUAGAAUGAGCCCUUCAUAUCCACAUAGGGAGCAGGUCCUCUUCUGGCAAACCACACCGCCCUGUUUCUACAGUAGCCCAGAAUGGACAAACCCAAACGCUGGCUCUAGAGGGCGCCUUUCG